CUGUGAGACAUAUAAAUAGGAAGGAAGGCCCGUGAACAGAGUCUUCUCUGAACAUACGCCUAAAACUGACAUAACAAAAAGAUCGAGAAAAAUGAGUGCAUCUGACAAGUCUAACAACAUUCCUUCUGCUGACACCGUUCAAAUGGUGAUCUCUGACGUUGAUGGUACUCUUUUGGAUGCUCACCACCGUUUCCACGAACGUACUUACCGUGCUAUGAGCUACAUUCGUCAAACCCGCCCUGACUUCCCUAUUGUCUUGGCUACUGGUAAGCAACGCUCUGCUGUUGACUUGAUCCGUAUUCCCUUGGGUUUGGAUGCCUUCCCUGCUGCCCACGUUAACGGCUGUAUCCUUUACAACGAAGGUAAGGUCGUUUCCGCCGAAUACUUGAAGCCCGAAGUUGUCAUGGAAGUCGUUGACGCUACCAAGCACAACUCUAACAUCGCUAACGUUGUCUACGACGACCAAAAGGUUUACAUUUUGACUCCUGGUCGUGAGGACAUGAAGAACGUUAAGCGUUUGGAAGAAAUCGGUGAAAAGGUUGACUGGACCUUGUCUUGUGAAGACGCCAAGGCUAAGGUUUUGUCUGGUGAAAUCAAGGUCAUCAAGAUGGCCGUCUGUGAAGACCCCGACAAGCUUGACGUUGUCCGUGAUAUCUUGAAGCCCUUCCCCAAGGACAAGUUCACUACUACUCAAGCCUUGGCUUACUGUAUUGAAUUGAUUCCCUCUAGCUGCAACAAGGGUACUGCUCUUCAAACCAUCACCACCAAGAUUCUUCCUCACAUCAAGAACGAGAACGUUAUUGCCUUUGGUGAUGGCCAAAAUGACUUGACCAUGUUUGGUGUUGCUGGCUGGUCUGUUGCUGUCAAGAACGGUAUGCAAAUCGCCAUCGAUAAUGCCCGUGCCGUCUCUCGUGUCGGUAACGACCAAGGUGCCGUUGGUGAAGUCUUGGAACGUGUCUUUAACAUUCCUGAAGACUACACCCCUCCCGAAUACAAGUUUUAAAUUAUGUAAUUUACUAAAACUAACGUUGUCAUCCACUUUCCAUAACUGAACGUUAUUUCGAAGUGGUGUUUUUAUGUUGCGUUCGUUUCCUUUUUUUUGUUUAUGCAAUUUUUUUUCUUUCUUUGUAUCUUUGUCGACUUUUUCCUAUUGGAAGCGAAGGUUCAAACCGCUCAAUUUUCAAAAGAUUUGAUGUUAUAUCUUUACUAGUAUGUUGUUUCGUUCCUUACGCGCGACCCUUUUCACGCUCAUAGAUACGCAAUGCGAAGCAUCGCUUCAAUGUAUUAUUUUUCUGCAUCCA